CACAGGGCGUCCCCACCGGGUCGCCGGCGGGGCCAGUGCGCCUCCGAGCGAGCUUCCGCCAGCAUGUGGCUCUACAUCCUCUUCACCCUGGCGAGCGUCAUGUUCUUCGCCAAGAACCCGGCGCCCAUCUUCGGCAAGUACCAGGUGCCCGGGCCGCGGUUCUGGCUCAAGUACCUGGUCUUCAGGGCGAUGCUGCUGCUGCGCAAGCUCCGCGACAAGCCGACGCUGGACAAGGACGGCGUGCCCGUGCACCCGCUGACCGACAAGGAGUGCACGCAGACCCUCAGCAGCCACCCCCUGGCUUUCGACGCGGUGUUCUUCAUCGCGGUGAACAUGGACGGCGUCUACAUUAUCGUGGGUAGCGAGCGGCGCCACAAGGGCAUCGUCAACGGGCUCGUCUACGUCCUGAUGCCAGGCAUCGGUCUGCUGCGGUCCAAGAAGCUCCCGGACACCAUCCUCUUCGGCGCCCAGGACGGCACGUUCGGCGCCGAGGGUAUCCGCAUCCAGCCCGUGGAGCCGCUCAAGAAGUGGCGCGUCGAGUUCGAGGGCGUCAUGCACCUCAAGGACGACCCGAGCCAGGAGUUCCCCGUCAAGCUGAGCGGGCUGUGGGGCUCCGAGUGGCCCGUCUUCAACUUCGACACGGACCUGCACCCGCAUGCGCUGGCCAAGACCAUCGCCACGGAGCCCUGGAGCCGGGAGUACUUCAGCGCCCUGCAGAGGGCCCACCAGACCCACUACGAGCAGAUGGGCGUCUUCAAGGGCACCAUCCAGAUCGGCGACAAGGCGCACAUCCUGAACCUCAUGUCCCUCCGCGACCACAGCAUCG